AUGGGAACAACCUCCGUCCGCCGCAAUCUCUUCCACCACCACAUUAGCAAACGCGCUGGCUCGACUGGCCCCGCAGGUUCUUCUGCACAGGGCAAAACCAGCAACGGAACCUCUGGCCUAUCAUCGCAGCUGCUGCAAUCAAAUUCGUCUGAAGCACCUACAUCUUUAAGCGCCGGAUCCGUUGACAACGGGGAAAUCGUGGUUAAGGACAAGAACGGUAGCUACAAGCUUGAUGUCCCUGUACUACCCCCCUUGAUUGGUGAAGAUGGUGAGGAAAUGGAAGGUAUAGAAGGUGUGGGUGCCGGCGAUGGUUCCGGCGCAGCAGGGGGCAAUUUGAGUGCGCAGGAGAAAGAGAAGAUGGAGGCAAACCUUGUUGAGAUGAUGUAUCGGAAUCGAAACCGACAAAUGAGUAUCGAGCCUGCCGAAAUACUCAACCGUAUACACCAGAGCCUUCGCAAUAAGGUUGCCGCCUUGGAGGAAGAUAACUGGAUGUACGAGGCUGAAGUCGACUCGAGGGCCUAA